CAACUGAAUCUGGGUAGUUAGAGAGGGGAUUCCAACCGGGUAUGUAGCAGGUUUUAAGAUGUGAGGGAUUUUUCCCAGGUUUUUCUCUUUCUCUCUCAAAAAACAACUUCAUUGCCAUUGAUGGCUUCCCGGUCUUUUGUAUAGUGGCUAGAACAUCCCUGCACACAGAUGGUUCCCUGACCAGGAAACCCAAAACAUCGGAGGGUGCCUCAGUUUGCCCGUCUGAACAAAUUAUUUGUUUAAGUGGGCAGACUAGGACUCUCAUUAUGCUUCUAAAGAACGUGGGUAUUGAGAGAGAAGUGAGAAAGCCUGUGCAGAGCAGGAAACAGUGAACCUUUCCCAGCCAAGAAGAACAACAUUCGAAACAUAUGAUGGAAGAAGUUCGUAAAGGCUCACUGGAUUAUGUAUCCCGAACUAAGGAAAUUUUGAGAUUGGAGCAGGCAAAACAGACUCUUGAAAACCUGAACUCGGAUCUUGAAAAAGACAUGCAAAACCUAGAUGAGGCAAACCAGUCCCUUCUUGUCCAAAUCCGAGAAAAAGAACUCAAGAUUCAAAGUCUAGAAAAAGAGAUCACCAAGUCAAUAGACUUAGCUGGGGAGAGAGAUGAGAUUAACCGCACCGCAUCUGAGAGGGAAGAUGCACUGAAAGACCUGGAAUUGGAGACCACAAAAUUGGAAAAGAGUAAUGAGAUACUAGCUAAGAGUGUGAAUGAGCUACGGAUAAAGCUUUCCAGGAAACCACCACAGAAGAUUGAAGUUGAGAAAGAAUCCCUAAAACAGAUGUUGGAUGAAUCAAAGGAGAAAUUACAAAAAGCCACAGCCUUUUGUGCAGAACAGGAAAAGGAACUGGCUAAGGUAACAUCUGAAUACCAAUCUGUGAAUCAACUCUGUGAUGAUCAGGCCCGCUACAUAAAGAAAUACCAGGAAAUCUUGAGGCUGAUGGAGGAGGAUAGGGAGAUAUUGCUCCUUGAAACAGAAGUAAACAAAGCCCAAAGCUUAUAUAAUCAAACUGGGAAACCACCUUUAAUUCUGGCAGAGGUUAUGGAAGAAAAGUUGUUUAAAGAAUGGCAAAGACAUUUGUGGUUCAGUAUUUCCCUGCUUAUCUUCUUGAUGAUCCUGUUCCUCACCAGGGUGCUGAGCUUCGGGUUUUUGUAUCUUCAUUUCAUAAAUCCAGAUUUUCUCCUGAACAAUCUGCCCAAGAUAAUGGACAGAAACACCUUGUGGAGGCUGAGAGGCUUUCUACUUCCAUCUCUCAAUCUCCGUGUAGAAGACUUUUUGCCACACUAGUAUAAGAUCAGGGCAUUCCUCCUAAAAGGUCCCACGUCUCUUCCAAGUGUACAAAAAGGAAGUGACAAGCAGUCACCCAGGCUUUGGGGAGAAUGGAGGGGCCACAAGAGUGGACACUAAGCAUUCUCUGGGUCCGAGUUGUUCCCAGUGCCCUCUCCUCUGCAAUCUGUAGACAUCAUUUUCUUCUGAUUCCCUUUAUGAUUUCUCUCUUCUAAUAAAGACUACAAUCAUUUAAAACA